AAACAAUCUGAACAAUUUUUGAUAGUACCGCACAUGAAAUUUUCUGCGAGAAGAAAUAAAAUUAAUGGAGUCUAAGAUCUUUUUAUUCUAAGCUUUGAACUUGAUUGUUAUAAGUUUUAUCGAAAUAGAUUUUAAAAAGUAAUGUUUUUAAGGAUAUGCUAAAAAAAUGAAAGGCCGUAAUUAAGUAGAAAUAAAUUACAAAAUUGAUACAAAAGUGUACAAAAAAAUCCUGCAUGCAUAAUAUCAUGCAUAUAAACGAAAAAUUUUCAUGUUUAAAUUUCCAACGUUUCUGUACCGAGGUUUCGUUAUUGGAAAAGAAAACCGCAAAAUGGAGCUUUCAUUCUCUCUGUAUUAUGGUCGUUACAUCUAUUAACUAUGAUUUAUACAGCGUUAUUAAUUUUUUCCUGGAUUCGCUAAACAAUGAAUGUAACUUAUAUUUUCGUCAAAUUUCGAAACAACACCACUUUUGUUUUUGUCGAGUUUUGAAGUUGAAAAACACGCGAAGAUCCGUAUUGAAUGUUUACGGGUGUACUGGUACCAACAAUUCUUUGCAAAUUUAUUACAGGAAACAGCUGACUGAUUCAAAUACAAUAAUAAAGUUCUUUAGAAAAAAAAUUUUUAAACAUUUGUAAAAAUUAAGCUCGAUGAAUACUAUAGCAAUUCUAACGUUUUGGAAGGUUUGCAAAUUACCAUGAAAAUGAAGAUUAAAAAAAUACAUAAAUGUGCGAUUUGCAUACAAUGAAAUGAUCGAUUGGCGAAUCGGCACAACCGAUUGGCAAAGCACACAAUGUCAAUUCUGGGUCAUUAGAGCAUAUAACAAUGAGAAAAAUCGCGUUUUAUGAAUCGAACUAUUGAAAAACGAAUUGCGCUAUAUACUUUUUAUGACACUUCCGCCGGAGAACCUCCCGUACUCUUCGCGCAAGGAAAUUGUAGGGGGGAUCAUCCUUUUACAGUCGUGCUUUUUAGGACAAUCGCUACAAAGCAAGGGUAGAGAGAGGGAGAAGUUUCGUUGACGGCUGUCGUUUUACGCGAGACGGCGCGAAGCUGAUAAGUGGGACAUACGCUCCAGCAUCUCGGUAUUUCGUAGUGAACUCGCUACCAGACCGGACCAUCCAUUCAAGGAAGAACAAGUCUCUGUGAACAGUAUCGAACCCGCUAUCGUGAUCCUCGCCGGAAGGAAGCUGCGCUCUCGUUCAUACUCGCCCAUAUUUCAGCAACAUGGCGCCGAAUUUAUUCGGUAAUUCAGCGACUUUAUUCCUCGAAGCUUCCCAGCAGGAUGUGUCGCAGAAAAAAACCGCGUCAGAGAAAACGGUGACGCAAAAAUUGUCGGUGCAAAAGACACAAAACUCGAUGCCUAAAUAUCAAUGGAAAAUCGUUUGGAGAAAUGUGAUAGCUUUCCUUUAUCUUCAUCUCGGUGCGCUUUAUGGAUUCUAUCUUGUAAUAGUGGCUGCUAAAGCUUACACAUUCCUUUGGGUUGUCGCAGUCGCAAGUUUGGCAGCUACAGGUGUUACAGGAGGUGCUCACAGAUUGUGGGCUCAUCGGUCUUAUAAAGCGAAAUGGCCGAUGAGAGUUAUUCUUAUGAUUUUCCAGACCAUGGCUUUCCAGAAUCACAUUUACGAAUGGGUAAGGGACCACAGAGUUCACCAUAAAUUCACAGAUACGGACGCCGAUCCGCAUAACGCGCAGAGAGGCUUUUUCUUCUCUCAUAUGGGCUGGCUUUUGAUCCGGAAGCAUCCGGACGUCAUCAGCAAGGGUGCUACAAUUGACAUGAGUGAUCUCGAGAAGGACCCCGUUGUCGUAUGGCAACGCAGAUUGUAUAUUGUCCUGAUGCCGGUUUUCUGCUUCCUGCUGCCCACCUGGAUACCGUGCUACUUCUGGAACGAGAAACCUAUGUUCGCGUGGUACGCCACCAUCUUCAGAUACACGCUCUCGCUGAACCUGACCUGGCUGGUGAACUCCGCGGCUCACAUCUGGGGCGUGAAACCGUAUGACAACUCCAUUAGUCCCACCGAUAGCUACAGCGUCGGCAUCGGAGCCUUCGGUGAAGGCUGGCACAAUUACCACCACGUAUUUCCGUGGGAUUACAAGGCGGCCGAGCUGGGAAACUAUCGUACCAACUUCACCACGGCUUUCAUUGAUUUCUUUGCCUGGAUCGGCUGGGCGUAUGAUUUGAAGACCGUGGCGCACAACAUGGUGAAGAAACGCGCUACUAGAACAGGUGAUGGUAGCAAGUAUGAGCGAACGGCCGACGAUCACAAUGCGCAUCAUCAUACGCACGAUGGUGCUAUAUGGGGCUGGGGUGAUACCGAUAUGAAAGCGGAGGACAUGCAAAAGGUCGAGAUAAUUAACAAGGGAGAUUAAAUGCUUCCGGUUCAUCCAGACACAUGUUAUAUAGAACAUGCGUAAAAUAUUCGACAAAUUGCCGAUUGAUGAUGUCGACACCAAUGACGAAAAAAUGAUAUUAUUCCUUUACCAGUAUCCAAUUCAAAUUACACAGUCAAUGGCAAAGUCACGUUUGUUGCGACACAAAGAUGAUGCUACAUUUUUCAGAAUACUUUGAAUAACAAAACACGUGAUUAUUCUUCAUAAUUAUUCCAAUUUGCAAUUUUAAUUAAGUAUUAAAUCCAUUUUUUAUAUUAUUA